AUGAUCAUUACAACAUGGAUUGUGUACAUCUUUACCCGGAAAAGUGUAGGGCUACCCUUCCCACCAAAGGCAAACUCAGACAUUGAAGUUGUGGAAAGUGAAGCUGUAUCCGUAGUGCAGCAUUGGUUGAACAAAACAGAAGAGGAGGCUUCUCGGAACAUAAAGGAGAAGAUGUCUUCCAACAUCCCUCCCACUCACGGACACGACAUACAUGUGACCAGAGAUUUGGUGAAGCACCAACUCUCCAAGUCUGAUAUGUUAGCAGACCCUAAUCAGGAAGUCCUGGAGGAGAGAACGAGGAUCCAGUUUAUAAGAUGGAGCCACACCCGUAUCUUCCAAGUGCCAAGCGAAAUGAUAGAAGAUGUCAUGCAGGAUCGCAUAGAUCAAGUGAGACAAAGCAUAUCUCACCUCAGGUGUGACUCAUCUGAUGACCCAAGCUUCAAAGUGUCUUGCUCAGAAUGCUAAGGUUGAAGGCCGCCCAAGUCCAUUAACAGCCCGUGUCCAAAGAUGUCCACCUCAUGUUUGACCUGAAGAGUGACCAGACUUGAGCAGAAAGACUAUAGAGGUUGAGCCCGUG